AUGGCCGACUCCACGAACCCCGCGGCCGCAGCGGCCACACCCGCACCCCCCACCGAAGAAGUCGCCAACCUGCACCUGGACGAAGUCACCGGCGAGCGGGUAUCCAAGACGGAGCUGAAGAAGCGGCAGAAGGCGCGGCAGAAGGAGGCCGAGAAGGCGGCUAAGGCGGCUGCUGCCCCGCCCAAGCCGGCUGGCAGCGGCUCGGGCAAGCCGAAGGGUGCGGCGGGGGAGGAGGAGAAGGAUUUGAAUCCGAAUCAGUAUUAUGAGAUUCGGACUAGGCAUGUUAAUGAGUUGCUGAAGAACCCCGAGACGAACCCGUACCCGCACAAGUUCCAGGUUACGUAUGAUGAUUCCAAGUUUACGGAGGAGUUUGGACAUCUCAAGUCGGGCGAGACGGCGGAGGAUAAGGAGAUUCGGAUUGCGGGCCGGAUUUAUAACAAGCGGGCGAGCGGGUCUAAGUUGAUCUUUUACGACCUCCGCACAUCAGCCGACACAGUCAGCAUCGGCACGCACCUGCAAGUGGUCUGCCAAGCGCAGCUGGUCAAGGAGGGCGCGGUGUCGUUCGAGAAGCAGCACGAGAACAUCCGCCGCGGCGAUGUCAUUGGCAUUGUCGGGUAUGCGGGCCGCACGAAUCCCAAGAACCGCGUCGCGGAGGGCAAGGAGGGCGAGCUGUCGAUCUUUGCGACGGAGAUUACGCUGCUGAGCCCGUGUUUGCAUAUGCUGCCCAGUGUGCGGUUCCCGUUUUCGGAUGGGGAGCAGAGGGCUCGUAUGCGGUAUCUGGAUUUGCUGUGGAACGACAAGAGCCGUGAGGUGUUGUGGCAGCGCAGCCGGAUGGUGCGCUUCAUUCGUGACUUUUUCCAUGAGCGCCGGUUCAUCGAGGUGGAGACCCCGAUGAUGCACGCUAUCGCGGGUGGUGCUACUGCUCUCCCCUUCGUCACCCACCACAACGACCUAGACAUCGACAUGUACAUGCGCGUGGCCCCUGAGCUGUUCCUCAAGAAGAUGAUUGUGGGCCAGUUCCACAAGGUGUUCGAGCUCGGCAAGAACUUCCGCAACGAAGGCGUCGACCUGACGCACAACCCUGAAUUCACAUCCUGCGAGUUCUACUGGGCGUACGCCGACGUCUACGACGUGAUGAACCUGACGGAGGAACUCGUGUCGUCGCUGGUGAAGGAGCUGACGGGCUCGUACAAGACGACGUUCACGACGCAGCACGGCGAGACGUACAACGUCAACUGGGAGGCGCCGUGGCGCCGGGUGGAGAUGAUCCCGGAGCUGGAGAAGGCCACGGGCGAGAAGUUCCCGCCGUACGAGGAGCUGCACACGGACGAGACGAACCAGUUCCUGAGGAAUGUGUGCAAGAAGAUGGGGGUCGAGUGCACGCCGCCGCUGACCAACGCGCGCAUGAUUGACAAGCUCACGGGCGAGUUCAUCGAGAGCACCUGCGUCAACCCGACGUUUAUUCUGGAGCACCCGCAGAUGAUGAGCCCGCUUGCCAAGUACCAUCGGUCCAAGAGAGGUCUCUGCGAGCGUUUCGAGGCGUUUGUGUGCAAGAAGGAGAUUGCCAACGCGUACACCGAGUUGAACAACCCGUUCGACCAGCGACUGCGGUUUGAGGAGCAGGCGCGCCAGAAGGACCAGGGUGAUGACGAGGCCCAACUUGUCGACGAGAGUUUCCUGAACGCGCUCGAAUACGGCCUUCCCCCGACUGGUGGCUGGGGUCUCGGUAUCGACCGUCUUGCUAUGUUCAUCACCAACAACUACUCGAUCCGCGAGGUGCUUGCGUUCCCGUUCCUGCGGGAGGAGAACAAGGGCACCAAGGAGAAGUUUGCGGCGGAGGUGGUGGAUGUGCAGCCGCUUCCGGAGGAGGGCAUCCCCCACAAAUAG